AUGUGGAAAAUUUUUGCAUUUUCAGUUCUUAUUGUUUUCUCUUCACUUGUAAAUGGUGAACUGAAGGUGCCAUGUUACUUCAUCUUCGGGGACUCAUUAUCAGAUGUUGGCAACAACAAUGGAUUCAGAACAAUGGCGAAAGCAAAUUACCCUCCAUAUGGGGUUGAUUUUCCCGGAGGAAAAGCCACUGGCAGAUUUUGCAAUGGCCGUACCAUUGAAGAUUUUAUCUCUCAAUUCCUGGGAUUCGAGAAAUUUAUACAACCAUAUAGAACUCAAAUGGAUAAAAAAAUAUCGAGAGGCGUCAAUUUCGCAUCAGGUGCUGCCGGGAUUCUCACUCAAACUGGAUCUAACUUGGGUGACCGGGUUUGGAUGGAUCGACAACUACUAGAUUUUCGUGCCACAAUACUGAAGCUUCAAUUUAUGGUUCAACGUCCAGUUUCUAACUACUUGAACAAGUGCUUAUUCACUGUUAAUAUUGGUAGUAAUGACUACAUUAAUAAUUACUUCAUGCCACAAUACUAUCCUACGAAAAAGCUCUUCACUCCUGAACAAUAUGCUGAUUUACUCAUUACUCAAUAUGGAGCACAAUUACAGACAUUGUAUAAUUUUGGUGCAAGGAAGGUAGCAAUUUUUGGGUUAGGACUGAUAGGUUGUGCUCCCGCUGUAAUUGCCAUGAAUAAUGCAACUCAAUGUGUAGACGAAAUUAACCAAGCGGCAAAGCUUUUCAACACAAAGCUUGUAUCACUAGUAGAUGAUUUCAAUGCAAAGCUUCGUGGGGCGAAUUACACAGUCAUUAAUAUCUCUGCCCUUCAAGCUGCAUCUCCUCCUCCUCCAGGUUCGAUUACAAAUUCUACUUGUUGCAAAUUAAGGAGCGAUUACCAGUGUGAGCCGUUCACUCCACCAUGCCCGGAUAGGAACAUGUAUUUCUCCAUGGAUGGAUUUCAUCCUACUGAGGUCGUGAAUGAACUUGUAGCAACCAUUUCAUUCAAAACUCCAUUUCCCUCAAUUGUUCACCCUGUCGACAUCCAACAAUUAAUUGGUAGCUAAAACAAAGCAAGUAGCUUAUACCAAUCCAUGGAUUUCGAAUUAAGGAUUACAAUGGUCAAUUUUGUAAUAUUUGUCAUUUUAAUCAUUUUACCAGUUUAGACCUCUUCAUGACGAAAGUAAAUUUGACCAUGGAAUAAUAACAGUCAACUUGCUACAUUUGUUUUCUUGGCUUGUCUGCUAAUUUGUACUUUUUAUAUAUGUUACAAAAUUGUCAUGACCAUGGAAUCAAUAGAAUUACUUGGGUUUUUCUAUGAUAUACCAUUAUACUCUUAUGGAUUUUUAAAUUAAACUUUAUAUUUUUAA